CUCCCUCUCUCGAUCCCAUUCCAUUUCCAUUAUUCCUCCCUUCUCUUAUCUCUUCCUCUCUCUCUCUCUCUAAACUCCACACGCGCCAAUGGCGAACCCGAGGCUGCUCCCUCUCCUCCUCCUCGCCGCCCUCCUCGCCCUCUCCUUCUCUCAAGGGGCGGUGGUGGUGGAAGGGAGGAACGUGCAGCUGCUGAAGCCCGUGCGCCGCUACGGGCGGUGGCGCACGCCCCUCGCCGGCGCCGGCGCCGGCUCCGGGAUGGUGUCGACGGUGGCGGACUACUCGGACCCCAAGCCCAACACCAACCCCCGCGGCGGCGUGCUCCCGCCGACGGACCCUAACUCGCCGCCGGCCCACUGACCGCCGACCACCGCACCCGUCGUCCGUCCAUCUACCCCACCCCGGUCAGCCGGCGACGUCUCCUCCGCGUACACAUACACUAUAUAUACUAAUAUAUAUAUAUAUAUAUAUAUAUAUAUAUAUAUAUAUAUAUAUAUAUAUACAUAUAAUAUACCUGGUAAAUACGGCGUAUAAAUACGGAAAUACAUGCGCGCACGUCCGUAGUAGUAGAGGAAGAGGAAAUGAUCGAAAAAAAAAGUUAAAAGGGCGUUCUCCUCCUUGGGCCAUGCUGUAUGCAGCGACCGUACUGUACGCGUAUAUACGUACAUGUACGGUAUGCAUUGCGUGUACUCCAGCCGAAUAUUGAAUUAGAUCUAGCUAGACCUGUGUGCUUGACUGUCAUGUGUGUGGUUCUUGUGUGACGUUGAUUAAUUUGAUUCUGAACAAGUUUUGUUUAAUUUGGAAAAAUCAAAUGUAUACUUAUCUAGAA